CAACAAAAUGCCUAUCAGCCCCCCUACUACGCCUCCACGUUCCCGCUCAUCCACCCACAACAUCACCCUGCUGACCCUCUGGGACGCCAGCCUCAGCACGCACUGGCCCGACAUCACCCGUUUCGCCGCCCAUCUCGCUGUGCUGAUUGCCCUGCAAUGUCUCGCGCAGUUCGGGCUGGGCGUCUACAUUGCUUACGAGUUCCUCAAGGUGCCGACCGUGUUUGAGUGCUGGGAUGGCGGUAAGCAGGUUGAGAAGACGGGGAAAGUGACGAUCGUCGGAAUGGGAGUAGAAGGCGAGAGAUGGAAGUGGGCGCAUAGUCUCCAAGGGAAGGAUGUGUUCACAACAGUAUACUUCACCAUUCUCGUCCCGCUCCUCCUCUUCCUCCUCGCCUGCAUUCUCAUAGCUCGCCACUUCUCCCGCACCGGUCUCUCCAUCCGCCACGCUUACUACAUAUUCCUAGUCAUGAGUGUCAUCUGGACGUCCUGCAUCGUCGAGGACCGCGCGAAGCCCGACCUCUCCUCCCUCGACCCGCAGUUAAACAUCUGCAGAACGCCGGACGCGGAGACAAUGCUCGCUGCCAAAAAGCUGCGUGAAAGGAUCUGGGAGGCGAGGAGCUGGGGUAUGACGUGGCUUAGUUUCUUCACACUGAUCUACCUCCUCCUGACCUACAACGCCGCAUACCUCAACGACCUAGCCCGUAAAACCCGCACCCGCCGCGCGCGCACCGAAGACGAUUUGGGAUUGCAGGCUCUUGCGCCGUCGUCGUACGCGGUACGUACAGCGGCAGCGCCGCCGGGAUGUACCGCUUCUCGCCCGCCCACGCGUACGCCUUAUACCAAUGCAGAUAUGGUGCUGAAUCGGGAGGAGUUUGAAAGAGUCAGUGAUUUCGGGAACGCAGCUCCUUCUGCGCGUGAUGAUGGGAAUGAGAUCACGAAUGCCACGCAGGGGACAGAGAGAGGAGCGGUCAAGACCCCUCGAGGUGUUUCCAGGGACGUGAGUGGUAAUGCAGCGAUUGGGCUCAGUGGGCGGAAUCAGCGGGGUUUCAGGGAAGAGGGGGUGAGGCGUGGUGGGCAGCGGAGGCGGAAUGAUGGGAGUUUGGAUGGGGAGGCGGGUGUGGUGUAUGAGGAUCCGUUUGCGGAUCCGCCUGAGGUGAGGGGGAGCGGGAGUGGUGGGAUGUGA